AUGGGUGAUGCCAAGUCAUGUACUGACAUUAUGGAGUCCUUCGCCAUCAUCGGCAUGUCCUUCAGGCUGCCUCAAGGAGCCGUGGACGAGGAGAGUUUCUGGGAUGUCCUUGACAAACGCAAAAGUCUCUCCUCAAAGUGGCCAGAUAGCCGUACCGGCCCUGAAUCAUUCUUCGAUCAAAAGGUCCGUCUACAUUGUCGGGCCUCUCGUGCCCACUUUCUUGAGGAGGACCCGGCCUUAUUCGAUGCUCCUUUCUUCUCAAUCACGGCCAGGGAGGCCGCUGCGAUGGAUCCACAGCAACGACUGGCCCUUGAGGUUGCGUAUCAUGCAUUUGAAAAUGCCGGCAUACCAAUCCAGAGUCUUCGAGGCACCAGUACCGCUGUGUUCGGCGCGACCAUGUCGGAUGAUUAUGCGCGGAUGGGGUCCAAGGACUUUGAUAUGGCGCCGCCGCAAAGCCUAACGGGUGUCCAGCCUGCAAUUCUGCCCAAUCGGAUUAGCUGGCACUUUGACCUCCGAGGUAGCAGUGUAGCCAAUGGCUAUGCACGUGGCGAGGGUCUAGUCGCACUAGUUAUCAAGCCAAUCGGCGAUGCUAUUCGGGACGGAGAUGUUGUCAGGGCCGUAAUACGAGCCACUGGCGCGAAUCAGGAUGGGAGGACUCCCACCUUAACGCAACCAAGUAUCGAUGCUCAGGUUGCCCUGAUUCGGCAGGUAUACGCCCAAGCUGGCAUUGGAUUUGAGUCUACGGCUUACGUCGAAGCACACGGGACCGGGACUCCAGUUGGCGAUCCAAUUGAGAUGAGCGCUAUUGGGAGAACGUUCAAAGGACAUAGGCCAGAUUCUGUUCCUCUCUAUGUGGGAUCUGUGAAAUCAAACAUCGGUCAUCUCGAAGGCGCUAGUGGAGCUGCUGGCAUUGUCAAAUCCGUUAUGGCGCUCGAAAGGGGUAUUAUUCCACCAACCGCUCUCUUCAAAACAAUGAAUCCAGAUAUUGACGCAGCACUUUGUGGCGUUGAGGUCCCAAUCCAGAGCAAACCUUGGCCGACCCGGGGCCUGCGGCGCAUCUCGGUCAAUUCCUUCGGCUACGGAGGCACUAACUAG